AUAGCUCAGUUGAUAUCUAUCGGUUGUACACUUUUGUUUUUGUUCAGGCGAAAUUUCCUAUAAAAUUCUCAAAGUAAAACGAUUUUGGGCCAGGUGUAGCGGGCAAAUUUGUGCCCCCAGUCUCAGUUUAGAAUGCCUGCUGUCGAGGAAGCAAAGAUCAUCAAGUUUCUAUCCAAGUAUAAAUAUGUCGACGUCACGAAGAAGGACGUGAUGGAUGUCAUCACAACAUACCGAAGUCUGACCUAUGAUCUGCAAAAGUUUGUGUUCAACGAUGGAAGUCACAAAGAUCUGUUCACACUGCAGGGCACCAUUCCGGUGGUCUAUAAAAAUAACACGUACUACAUUCCCAUAUGUAUAUGGCUGAUGGACACUCAUCCGCAGAACGCGCCAAUGUGCUUUGUUAAGCCCACACCCACCAUGCAGAUAAAGGUGUCCAUGUAUGUGGAUCACAAUGGCAAGGUCUAUCUGCCGUACUUGCACGACUGGCAGCCAAACUCCUCGGAUCUGCUCUCCCUCAUCCAAGUCAUGAUUGUGACAUUCGGCGAUCAUCCGCCAGUGUAUUCAAAGCCCAAGGAACAACAAAUGGCAAUGCCAUAUCCACCAAACGCUUACAUGCAACAAUCGGGUGGUGCUGGGGCCAGCAACUCGUUUCUGCCUUAUCCUACUGCUAGUGGAGCAAGCGGUGGCAACUUUCCGCCCUAUCCAACAGGUGCUAACUUCGGACCGUAUCCGCCAGGCGGUGCUGGUGGCAAUGCCGCCGGCUAUCCGCCCUACAUGAAUUACCCACAACCAGCUGGCAGUUAUCCACCAGCUGGCGGCUAUAAUCCGUCGGCGAGUCCCAGCUCGACGGGCACCAUUACCGAGGAGCACAUCAAGGCUUCACUCAUCAGCGCUGUCGAGGACAAGCUGCGGCGUCGCAUACAGGAGAAGGUAAAUCAGUAUCAGGCCGAAAUCGAGACGCUGAAUCGCACCAAACAGGAAUUGGUCGAGGGCAGCACGAAGAUUGAUUCCAUCAUAACGCGCCUCGAGCGCGAGCAGGUGGAUCUGCAGAAGAACAUUAAUGUAUUACGCGACAAGGAGCAGGAAUUGGAGAAGAGUCUGGAGACGCUCGAGAAUGCUGAAGCCAUUGACCCAGACGAGGCUGUGACCACAACGGCACCACUAUACAGACAAUUACUCAAUGCCUAUGCCGAUGAGGCAGCCACAGAGGAUGCCAUUUAUUAUCUGGGCGAGGGCUUGCGCGGCGGGGUUAUCGAUCUGGAGACCUUCCUCAAGCACGUUCGCACACUCUCGCGCAAACAGUUCAUCUUGCGGGCCACAAUGCAAAAGUGUAGACAAAAGGCUGGACUUGCCGGCUAGCUUCUCUUUUUUUCUAUGAUUGCAACGCGGGGGGUGCAUGAGAAUACACACACACACGAUUGAUAUGUUAACAUAAUAUAUUCGAUAUUGUUUUAAGCGCAAAUUGAAUCUUUGAAAUUACAAUAAAAAGGCCUCACGUACGUUCACGCCCA